AUGACUCUGAAAGAGGAGAUGGCGGGCGGCGACGGGGAGCGCGUGGCGGCGUUGGAGGCACAGCUGAAAGAGCAGGGCGACGCCGUGGCUGCCAUGCAGCGCGACAUGGCGGAAAUGCGCCGCGCCAUGGCGGCGGAGAUGGAGUCCACAAAGGGGCGCAUCAACGACUUGGAGGCGGAACUCGCGGCGCUCAAGGACGGGCGCGCGAAGAAGAUCCGCGCCGAGCGCAAUAAGAUCCGCGCCGAGCGCAAUAAGAUCCUCUCCUUGCUCCUCUCCUUGCUCCUCUUCUUGCUCAUCUCCUUGCUCCUCUCCUUGCUCCUCUCCUUGCUCCUCUCCUUGCUCCUCUCCUUGCUCCUCUCCUUGCUCCUCUCCUUGCUCCUCUCCUUGCUCCUCUCCUUGCUCCUCCCCUUGCUCCUCCCCUUGCUCCUCCCCCUUGCCGCUCCCCUUGCCGCUCCCUUUGCUGCUCCCCUUGCUUCUCCCCUUGCUUCUCCCCUUUCUGCUCCCUUUGCUGCUCCCUUUGCUGCUCCCUUUGCUGCCCCCUUUUCUGCCCCCUUUGCUGCUUCCUUUGCUGGGCCCCUUGCUGCUCUUGCUGCUCCAGCUCUCCAUGCUGUGUCCGACGCUGAUGCCAAUCUUUCUCUCACACUUCACAGCCUGUUUGUUUUAUUUUGCCGCUGCUCGUGGCUGCAGGCACUCUUGACCCUGUGGGGCAAGGUUGCACCGGGCGAGACUCGCAUGGACCUCAGCAGCAUCCACCUCUCCGUCACUGCUCUCACUCGAGCCACCGCCCUGCGCUCUCUCACGUGGCUCAGCCUUCGAGAGUCCUCCGGGUUCACUGCAGAGGGGGUGACACAGCUCUACUCCCUCAGAGGUCUCACACAUCUGGAUCUGGAGGAAACAGAUGCAACGGAUGCUUCUCUUGAAGGUAUUAGCAGGCUUAAGGACCUUAGCACACUUUAUCUUGGUAACACCAAGAUAACCGAUGCAGGAAUAGCGAAGCUGCGGGGGUUGCCUGCACUCAUGGCACUGAGCUUAGAUGGCUGUGAGUCGGUCACAUCUGUCAGCAUGGUGCACGUGGGAAAACUGACCUCACUGAAGUCUCUCUGGCUGGAUGACAGUGCAGUGGGGGAGGGCGGGCUGAAGCAUCUGACUUCCCUCGCCUCCCUCAAGUUCUUCAGCUUGCCUUCAGGGGUGACCGAUGCCACUUUAAAGCUCCUGAGGAACAUGAAGCGCCUGGAGAAGCUGGGGCUGUGGGAGGCCAAAAUUACUGCUGACGGUCUCAAGUGGCUCAAUGGGCUGAAGAGCCUGCAGGGACGAGAGGGAGGGGCUGCUGCGAGCGAUGCAGGCGCCGAGAGUGGGGAGAUGCUCAGAGCGAGAAAAGCGAAGGUGAAGGGAGUGAAGAUCCAGGUGGGUGAGAAAGAAGCGGACGGUCUGCGACCAGUGGGGGUUUCAUCUACAGUUGGUACAGGAAAGAAGAAUCUCUACCGUAUCCUUGAGCCAAGACACCUUCGCGAGAAGACAGCAGUGGAGUGA